AUGGCACAUCAUAUCCUAAUUUAUGUACAAAUACCGAGUAAACAUCACUAUCAAAUAACCGGUGGUUUUCGUAUACAAGAGAAAAUUACAUUUCAAUCAGCUAGUACUGUUACUGUCAGAUUAUAUGAAAAAGGUUCUCCAGAAUCUCAUCCUAUUCGAGAAUAUCCAAGUCAUUUUACUCAAAUACCAUUCACAAUGCCAGUCACAAUACGAAUACCUUCUAGUAUGAAAUUACAAGAUCUUAAAUUAAGAUUAGAAAUUAAGUCAGCUGGACAAACAAUAUUUUCAGCUGAAUCAGAUAAUAUUCAACCAAUAAUGAGUUUGAAUUUGCAACCGGUGAGCCUUAACGUCCUAUCAGAUAGACCAAUUGUAUCGCAAACACACGGUGUCGAUCUAGAUUUAGGGACUUUCGUGACAAACACUACCUCUCACUGUUUUUCACCGUCUCCAUCAACACCAAAAAUUGAAUGUAAAUCAGCAAACAAAAUGUACUUCUACGACUCAAAUACAUUGAAUUGUGAAGAAGUAUCUAACGUUUGCGAUCCACAGUUAGGUAUUUAUUUUCAUACAUAUGUUGAAUGUAGAAUGCAUUGCUUGCCGAAUCUUUUUCCUCGUCAACCCAUAAUGAUGAUAGUCGGACACCAUCCAUCAAGAUCCAGCAUUAUACCAACGAGAUAUAACGUGUACGGUUGGCCUUAUCUUCACUUGGACAGAUCUCCAUCACCACCAGGUUUACAGUCUGAUCCUAGAGAACAGAAUGGUUUUGGAAAAAAAUGA